GUCGCUGACGAUUGUUGGCAUUGCAAAGAUGUUCUGGACGCAUAAUUUGCUGCAAGUGGCGCUGGCCUGGGCGCUGGCGGCUUUUGCCACGGCCACUGUGGUGGUGGCCGUGCAAAACGCCAAGUUGGAGGCAAAUCUGAGGGAUGUGCAGGAAAAGAUUGACAUUUACAAGGAGGUAGAUGGGGGGCAGAUCAACCAAAGGCAGCGACGCGACGAUGAGCUUAAUUAUCGCCUGCCCACGGCACUGCGGCCCGUGCACUACGAACUCUACUGGCAUCCGGACCUCGACACGGGCACCUUUACGGGGCAGGAGAGAAUCACCAUUAGUGUGGUGGAGGCCACCAAUCAAAUAAUUUUGCACGCUUACCUGCUGGAUGUGACGAAUGUUUAUGUGCUGAACCAAGAGGUUGUGGGGUGGGAGCUGGAGUUGGAGCGACAGCUGCUGAUUAUCACGUUGAGCACGGAACUGACAGUCGGUUCCAGCAUCACUUUGGGUGUGCUCUUCAAUGGCAAGAUGACCGAUAAGCUGGUGGGUUUGUAUAGCAGCACCUACAAGUCGGAGGCCGGUGAUCAACACAACAUUUCCUCCACACAAUUCGAGCCCGUUUAUGCCCGUCAGGCCUUCCCCUGCUUCGAUGAGCCGGCAAUGAAGGCCACCUUUGCCAUCACUGUGGUGCAUCCCACGGGUUCAUAUCAUGCAGUUUCCAACAUGAAGCAAACGGACUCAACUUACUUGGGCGAGUACACGGAGGCGGUGUUCGAAACAACCGUGUCCAUGAGCACCUACCUCGUGUGCAUCAUUGUCUCCGAUUUUGCCUCCGAGUCCACGACGGUCCAGGCCAACGGCAUUGGCGAGGACUUUAGCAUGGAGGCUUUUGCCACGCCCCAUCAGCUGAGCAAGGUGGCAUUCGCCUUGGAGUUUGGCGCUGCCGUCACCGAGUACUACAUUCAGUACUACAAAGUGCCGUAUCCACUGACCAAGCUUGAUAUGGCUGCCAUCCCAGACUUCUCCUCGAAUGCCAUGGAGCACUGGGGUCUGGUCACGUACCGCGAGACUGCACUGCUUUACGACGAGAAUUACAGUUCGACGCUGAACAAGCAGUCGAUUGCUGCCGUCUUGGCCCACGAGAUUGCCCAUCAAUGGUUCGGUAAUCUGGUGACCAUGCAGUGGUGGAAUGACAUUUGGCUAAACGAAGGAUUCGCGCGCUACAUGCAGUACAAGGGAGUGAAUGCCGUGCAUCCAGAUUGGGGCAUGCUGGAACAAUUCCAAAUUAUUGCACUGCACCCGGUCAUGGUCUAUGAUGGCAAACUCUCCUCGCAUCCCAUUGUCCAACAGGUGGCGACACCUGCGGAGAUUUCUGCCAUUUUUGACACCAUCAGCUAUGAGAAGGGAGGAUCGGUGAUUCGCAUGCUGGAGACGCUCGUGGGCGCUGAUACCUUCGAGCAGGCCGUGACCAAUUACUUGGUCAAGUAUCAGUACCAAAACACCGUCACGGACGACUUCCUCAGCGAGGUGGCCGCCCUGGUCACUGCCUACGAUGUGAAGCUGCUGAUGCGUACGUGGACGGAGCAGAUGGGCUACCCGGUGCUCAAUGUGUCCCGUGCGGAAGCUGGCUUCCUCAUCACUCAACAGCGCUUCCUCUCGAACCUAGCCAGCUAUGAGGAGGCGCCGCAGGACAGCGAAUUCCAGUACAAAUGGAGCGUGCCCAUCACCUACACCCUGGACUCUUGGGCGGAGGGAGAGACCGGUAGCUUGGUCUUCCCCUAUGACGAAGAUGCAGCGGGCAUAGCUCUGGACACUGAGGUGCAGUGGAUUAAGCUGAAUGUCCAUCAAUUGGGCUACUAUCGGGUCAACUACGAGGAGAGUCUGUGGAAUGCACUCAUCCAGCAACUGAUCGCCGAUCCAUCCCGCUUGGAUGUCGCCGAUCGUGCGCAUCUCUUGAACGAUGCCUUUGCCCUGGCCGAUGCCAGUCAACUGUCCUACAAGGUGCCGCUGGAGAUGACCGCUUAUCUGGGGCAGGAGCGCGCCUUUGUGCCCUGGUAUGUGGCAGCGGAGAAGCUCAAGGCGCUGCAGCGCAGUCUGAUGUUCAACGAGGGCUACGUGUCCUACUUGACCUACGCGAGGACUCUAGUUGGGAGCGUCUACCAGGAAGUGGGCUGGACUGUGGAUGCCAACAAUCAUCUGAAUAAUCGCCUUCGCGUCUCCCUGCUCUCUGCAGCCUGCUCCCUCGGCCUGCCCGACUGCCUGAGCCAGGCUGCUCAGCGCUUCAACGCCUGGCUGCAGAACCCCACAGCUGCCAACCGGCCAGCGCCCGAUCUGCGCGAGAUUGUCUACUACUACGGCAUGCAGCAGUCCACCAGCGAGGCCAACUGGCAGAAGCUCUUCGAGCUCUUCCUGGCGGAGACGGAUGCCAGCGAGAAGCUGAAGCUGAUGUACGGUUUGGCGGGUGUGCAGGAUGCCCAGCUGCUGUUCAGCUUCCUGGAACUGGCCGGAGACGAGAGCAUUGUGCGCUCCCAGGACUACUUCACGCUCGUGCAGAACAUUGCCGGCAAUCCCGUGGGCGAGCCCGUCGUCUGGGAUUACUACCGGGAGCAGUGGCCACAGCUGAGCGCUCGCUUUGGGCUGACUAAUCGCAACUUUGGGCGGCUCAUAGCGCAGAUCACAAAGAACUUUGCCAGCCAGGUGAAGCUGGAGGAGGUGCAGCAAUUCUAUGCCAAAUAUCCCGAGUCUGGGGCUGGGGCCAACUCCCGGCUGGAGGCGGUGGAGACCAUCAAGUACAACAUCGAAUGGCUGAAGCGGAACACCAAUGACAUCAGCGACUGGCUGGACGGCACCUCCGUUCCCUUGACCAACUAAAAACCCAUUGUAAACGCGGUCUUUAGAGUACAAUAAACAAUCAUACGUA